ACACACCCCAUAGCGCUACAUUCCGCAAUCUGGUAGCUCAUUCUUUUAGGCCUGUUAUUUUCACAAGUGAUUCUAUGUGCUUAUAAUCCCUAUUUUAUCUGCUUGGACAUAGGAAUUAUUCAUUUGUGAUGUUUGGUGGGAUUGGGUAAUUGUUGUUGAAAAAUAGUUGGCAACGUGCUGUUUAAUCAGUACGUUGCUUUAUGUUUUAUUAUCUACCAUAUUCAGUAGGAUACUUUGUUACUAUACCAUUAACAAAGCCAUUUUGUCCCACAACUCAAUACAUGCACUGGAUGAUUAUUUGCGAAACGUAACUGACAGCAAUAGUGGAUUAUUACAACCAAUAUUGGUUGGUUGCGGAGUAUCAGGUUGGAUUUAAUCUACAAUUAUAAUUGUAGAUUAAAUAAUUAUAAUUAUUUGUCGUAACAUACUGGAAAUAUGAACCCUUCAAUUUUCAUCCUAUAACUUGAUUAGUAUUCUACCUUUUAAUGUCCACUGAUCGACUUAGAAUACGCAGAUGAUAUAGUCCUGCUUGGUGAAGACGCUGACAAAAUGCAGAGUCUUUUAGUAGCACUAAGCAACAAUGCCAGAAUGUUUGGAAUGCGCCUCUCUCCCUUGAAAUGCAAGUUGUUGCUUCAGGACUGUUCUGCGUCAACACCUGAACUAAGGAUAGGGAGUGAAGUGGUCGAACGAGUCGACAACUUCACUUAUCUUGGAAGUCUGAUCAACCCUAAUGGGUUGAUAUCGGACGAAAUCUCAGCACGGAUUCGAAAAACUGGCUUGGCUUUUGCCAACUUACGUCACCUUUGGUGAAGGCGAGAUAUCCGUCUAUCAAUAAAAGGACGGGUUAACUGCGCGGCAGUCCGUUCUGUUUUACUUUAAGGCAGCGUAACCCGCCCAUUAAGAGUAGAAGACACCCGUAAGAUACUAGUAUUUGACCACAGAUGCCUUAGAAAUAUUGCUGGCAUCUGCUGGGAUCACCGGGUAAGUAAUAGUGAGGUUAGACGCAGGGUAUUAGGAAUGAUGGUAAAUCAGUGGAUAAUGUUGUGAAUCUUCAUCGACUGAGAUGGUUGGGUCACGUGUUACGUAUGCCCGAACACCAAUUACCACGUCGUGCAAUGCUAACCGGUGUUCGGGAUGGUUGAGAGAAAGUUAAGUGCGGCCAAUUCAAAACGUGGUAUCAGUGCUUGAAGUAACUAACUUCUGGUCUGAGCCAUGUUGGUAGAUGCAGACUACUUAGUUGGGGUCCACGUAACUAUCGUAACCAAUGAUUGGAGACUCUAGGUGGCAUGGCUCAGAAUCGAUCACAAUGGCGUCGGUGUAUACACUCUCUGUCUUCCAUUAAACUAAUAGAUUAAAAUCGCUUCAUAUCUUUCUUUCUAUGAACUAAUUCUUUCUUCCUGUUCUGUAUCCUUAUUGCAAUCUUUCUUUUAUAUAUUACCACCUCUGAAUUAACUACUUUUAUGAAUCUGGUGUUCAUAUUGUUGUGUUAAUGAGGUAUGGCAACCUGGACCGAUACAUAUAUGUGCCUGGUCCUACGUUGUAGCUGACUAACUUAUAAAAAGUUAGACUGUUAAUAAAAUUAGUAAUUUCACUUCAGAGAAUUUAUUUUCAAGAAGGCCUCAAACAGCAAAACAUACCUAUCGGAAUACAUAUAUAUUCCGUUACAAGUUAUCAUUUAUAGGUAGAGAUUGAAAUAGUGACACCUCUUAGUAUAACUGUAAAGUGUCUACCGAUGUUUGCACCGUAUCUCAAGAACAUUUAUUCAAAAAUUGAAGUUGGCGUUGUGGAUUCAUUUCCAGUAUGUUUAUUCGAAAUUUUUGUUUUAUAUCCUCAUACCUGGAGAGCAUGUGACAUUGCGUUCCAUCCUCGCACUAAGUAUUGGAGCGUAAAAAAGUUGAAAUUAAUCCCUUCCUUACAUUUUAGGUGCUUUCAAUUUGCAAGGUUUAGACAGAUGUUGAAGUGCUAGCUAUGGACUUAGCUGCUCAAUCACUGAUAUUGUCGAAUUUAUCGUCAAAAGCAGUGACCUUCAUCCAGUAUAUUUUUUAAGAAGACAAUGAUUUAUCCAUUAUUGAUUCUGUAGAAACUGAGAAUUUUAUUACCUAUCAAAAUGCUGACAGUUUGUAACCAAAUAAUCAUUCCUUAAAAAUUCGUGCUCAUCAAUUAUUAAUAAACAGUGUCUAACCAGCAAAAAUGACCUUUAUCUGAUAAGCUACCCACUUUUACACACGAAUUAUUCGACUUUUAGACGCAUAAUACUAGUUUUACUACCAAAAUAGAUGAUGAUCACUCAUCCAUCAGUUAACUAACUUCUCCUCUUAAGACCUAUUCUUGGUCUAUUUAUCUGAUGCAAAAAUUAACGUACAUUUAAGUGUAUUUGCUAAGUUUAUGUACGACUAUUUUUUUCCCUAAGUUUUUAGAUCACGGUUACUAAAUGGCGUGAAAAGAACUAUGGACGCCAUUGUUGUUUUGUGUCAUUUCUGUGAACAACAUGGUCCAUCAGUAAUAAUGUGUACCCAGUCAUUUAAACAAUCACAAUCAAAUUUAUCUGUAAAUAAUGUACCCGAUGUUACUACUGGCAACGCUAAUAAUAGUAACAAAGAUGUAAACACAUAUCAAAGAAAAUUAUCUAAUCAUGCUCUACAAAGUAGCGAUGAUGCAAUUCUUACUGGGAUAGAUGUUUCGCCUAUCCCUUUACCAUCUUCAUCAUCGAGAUUUUCAGUGAUGUCAUCAAACAUUACUCAACAGCAACAACAAUCACAUCCAGCUUGUAAAGCAUGCUCAUCUAUCUUGUUACGUGAUGAACUAGGAAUAAUUAGCUAUGAUCAUUCUGCCAAUCUUUCAUAUAUUUCUACGCAGUUUCCAAAAGACACGGAUUUAAGUACACAUGUUCGAAAUGCAUGCUUGCGAAGUCUUUCUAGUGAGGUUUGCCCAGGUCAAGUCGGUGCAUUUUACUUUGGUGAUGAAAUAAAUGGUCAUGUUUUAAGUUAUAAUUUCCCUUUGAAUGAUUCACGUGCGCGUGGUAAUCAAAGUCGUUUCAGUAUUUUGGUGUUAUCAUGGGAUAAAAUAUACCUACUAAAUAUAUGGUCAUUUUUGAUAUCGAAUAUAUCACGUAUGGUUUCUCGUCUACGUCUAGCAGCCAGUCGUGUAUACAGUGAUGAGACUUCAGAUAAUACAACUGCUGCUGUUGUCAAUACAAUGACUCAUUCAAAUCCACAGAAGCCGAUAGCUCCAUUGAGAAGAUGUGCUACACCUCCAGCUUCGUUAGCUCCUAAUCUUUACAAACAGGCUAUUGCAGCAGGUAAUGCUGUUACGGCAGGAUACGGUUUAUACAGUAAUGCAACAUUAGGAAGAGAAACAAAACAGAAAAGAGCUACCGACUCAGAUAUGCGUUCACUGGCUGAUUUAACAAAAGAUGAUCAAAUAUUCUAUCGUCUGCAUGCUUGGUUCACAUGGUUACUUCGUGCCGGUGGUCGUCGAUGGAGUAUAGUUCCUCCUGCUAUUGCGCCUCCAGUUGAUGAAGAUUCAAUUGUAUCUCAGGAAGAAUAUGAAGCUUAUAUUUCAGCUGGUCUUGAAUGUUUAACAACAUCUAGUUCAAGAAAUGCUGCUGCCGCUGCCAAUGCUAACACUUUUAAUUUGCCUGGUCAUAAACUUGGUCAUAGUAUGAGUUGUAUUAGUCAAUCAAGUGGUUCUACAAUAUUAUCAAAAUCAAUAAAUCAUUCAACAACCAAUGGUACAAGAGAUUCGAUUGAAACAGAUAAUAACAAAAAAUUAUCGCUAUAUUUAAACAAUAUGUCAGUAGAAAUGGCGAAUUCCACGUCUUUCAUGAUCUUGUCCAGACUAUUUACUGUACUUGGUGUCAACCCAUUUAGUCGAUUAGUUCAGCAUAUAGCUGUUGGAAAUCAAUUGGUUGUACAAUCAUUAACCGAAGAUAUACACUCUACACUGACAUUGUCUGCAUUAGCUAAACUAUUACCUAAAGGAUGUAUUAGACAGGUAAUAGCAAGUCAUGAAUAUGUGGCACCAUUUCGUUGUAAUCUUUUAAGUUUAACAAGUAAUUUAUUAAUGUUAGAAGAAGAUGUAAAUAUGGCUAAAGAUGUUCUUUAUUUAGCUGUUUAUCGUUGUGAAUGUAAAUCAUCAUCAUCGUCAUCAUCAUCAUCAUCAUCAUCUUCAUUAAAUGAAACAACAAUAAUCUCUAAUGAAAGUAGUGAAGAAUCUUUUCUACAAUCAUAUGUCAAUUCUUUAAAUUUUAAAUUCUGUUCAACAAUUCCAUCAUUUGAUUCAGAAUUAAUUUUAUAUAAAAAAUCAUUACCUUGUCGUUAUUUGUCUUCUACUACUACUACUACUAAUACUACUACUAAUCAUCAUCCAUCUAUGACUAUAAUUCCUCGUCAAUUUUUCACUAAUAAUAAUGGUGGACGUAUUACAAUAUCAAAUUAUGUACAACAAAUUAUUAAAUUAUUUCAUAUGAAUCCACCAUUAUCAAUAGAUGUUUAUACAAUUGCUUUAUCUACAAUACAACAUGAAUGGAUACAUCGUGCACGUUUAUUAUAUUCAUUUAAACGUUGUCAAGGAUCAUCUUUGAGCGGUGAGGAAGCAACUCGUCGUUGGACUAAUGUACUCGCUUCAAUCAAUUGUCAAUCAGCGGAAAAUGCAGCUGUGGCAAGAUUUUGGCAAGGUGCUUUAAGUCAAUACUCUCGUAAUAAUAUAUGUCACUUACGUAAAUGUCCAACCGCUACCAAUUCAACGAAUACAUCAAGACGUGGUUCAUUUAGCUCGAGUAAUGCCGAUUUAAAUGCUGCUGUUUUAGCAGCUGCGAUAAAUUAUCAAUCGGUUCCAUUAAAUGAUUAAUUAUCUGUAUUGUUUUCAUUUUUCUUUCAUUUUUUUUCUUAUCUUUAUUCUUUUAUAUUUUGUAAAUUUUUGUUUACUUGUGUUUUUGUUUCUUUUGUUGUGAUUGUUAAUUCGUUUCAAUUUCUCUUCAAUAUCAUCAUAAUUCAAAUGUGAAAUUGUAGGUCAGAUUCUCUUGUUCCUUUACAUCAUCACCAUCAUCAUCAUCAUCAUCACAAUUAUUACGCUGUAAAUAAGUUAUCUAUCUAGUUUUCUUACUCCGGUAUAAUCCAUAAUAAUAAUAGUCAUGAUGAUGAUGAUGGUGCUGUUGCUUAUUCGCUUAAUGAGAUCAAAUGUUUAUUUACUGUUGCUGCACUAAACCAACUAAUUGUACCGGUGUAUAUAUCUAUCUUUAUAUAUCACGCUUUAAGAAGUGAAAAUAUCAAUCUGUCAUUGUACUAAAAAUAUUCCCCAUAUAACUUACAUAUGAUCAAUCUGACUAAUAGUGAUCGCUUAUAUUUGUCUUAUCAAUAUUACUGUAUAUAAUUCACUAUGUUAUUGAUUGAUCAGUUGUGAUCAUCAUUUUGAUGAUCAUUAUAAAAAGCAAAUGUUAUACUUAAUCUUGUUUUAUUUGGCUUCAUAUAUAUAUGAGUUAUUAUUGAUUCAUGUAUUUUUGUUUGAUAACAACAACUUUACCAGUGUAUAUUUCAUUCUUCUAUAGGUGCCAUGAUGAGAUAUGUGUGAUUUACUAUUUCAAUAUAUAAAACAUCAUCAUUUUCAUCUUAUUUUAGAAGCCUUCAACUAUAAUUUCAAGAUUAUGCGGUUUUGAUUGUCCGUCAGAUUUGAAUCAUUAUUACUAUAUGUACCUUAUUUUUCUAUGGAUAAACUUGGAACGUUUUAUUAAAUUGAAUGUUUGCCAUAUUUAUCACACUUAUACCUAGAUAAUUGCUACUCUA